AUGGCGUCGCGUCCACACUCUGAUAGCUUCGAUCCCUCUUCCCCCUCCCCUUCCCCUCUCUGCUUUCCCCCUCCCCCUUACAAGCACUCUCCUUAUUAUCCGUUCAUUUCAUCAGAGGGUCGCCUCUACUACCAGCAGCUGCCUACUGAAAGCUCACCCACGUUCCCCCUGCUCCCCUUUUCCCCUCUGCUUUCUCCUUUCCAAUAUUCCCCUUACAAGCAGCCUCCUUAUUAUCCGCCAAGGUCAUAUCAGUGGGUCGCCUCUACCAGCACCUGCCUGGCUAUUGAUCGUCCUCCCCCUUCCCCUCUUCUCCCCGUUCCCACUCUUCCCCCAUCCCCCAUUCCGCUUCCCUCCCCCUUCCCCUCUUCUCCCCGUUCCCACUCUUCCCCCUUCCCCCAUCCCGCUUCCCUCCCCCUUCUCCUUCCCCAUCCCCGCUACGAGCAGCCUCCUUACUAUCCGCUAAGUUCAUAUCAGUGGGUCGCCUGGUCUAUCAGGGGAGGGAGUGCGGUGGUGCUGGUGCUGGGGGGUGACAAGAUGAAGGCGGCGUGUGACGUGGUGGUUGCAAAUGGGUCCCAUGGGAUGGAAUGCGGUGCUGGGUAUAACGGGGUGGUGUGUGGUGCAUCAGCAUUAGAGAGUGUGGUGGCGCCGAGGGCAUCUUAUGCCAAGAUCGGCCGCAACACCAACACUCCGGGUCUCCAGCCCAACGCCUCUCUCCGUGCGGACCCCUCUCUUCUCCUCAACCGCGCUCUCCUCUCCCCCGCCCUCUGCACCCGCACCUGCACCACUAAACGCCGCGCCAAGCCGCCCAGCGCCGAGGACCUGCUCGGAAGAGACAGCGGUGCUACAGUGCUGCCUGGGGAGGAGCCGAUGGUGGCACUGGGAAGAACGGGCGGCGAGGUUGGGGAGAUGGAGGAUGAGGACGGGAAAAGAGAAAAGGAAGGCGAAGGUGGGAAUGAGAGGGAGAGACGGAAGGGAGAAGAGAGAGAAGGGUCGGUUAUUGGUGGGGAGAAAGGCAAGGAAGGGUCUAUUCUUGGGAAAGACGAACCUGAUCGGAAUGCUGACGUGGCAGUGGUGUUCAAGUCGUCGCCGCUGAUGUGUCUUUCCCGGAUAGGCCGGCUGGCGUCCGAGGCCCGGCGGUCCCUGGUGUACCCGCCGCACCUGCACCUUGCAGCGGAUCACCUUAUAACGAAGCACAUCCAACUGCAAGCAGGUGGGGAGAGCGGAGGGGGCGGAGAAGAGGACAGUGCAGAGAAUGGGGAAAGGGGGCAAAUGCAUGGAGGAGGGGGCGGGGGAGGCGGCGGGGGAGGGGGCGAGGGGGUGGUGGUGGUGGCGGCGCACUGGCGGGUGGAGAAGGCUCUACGGGCGGGAGUGCGGCAGCGGCAGAUGGCUGCCUGCGCUCGAGGGCUCGUGGACACUGUCAGGGGGUGGGCCACGCGGGUAGGGGGGGUGAGUGGGGGGAGUGGAGGGAGGGAGAAUGAAGGAGCAGGUGGGGCGGAGGGGAAGGAGGGUGGUGAGCAGCAGGUGGCGGUGUUUCUGGCCACGGAUCUGACUCCUGACAACAGGUGGAUGUCCAACUCCUUCACUGUACUCAGCAAGGAGCACCGGGACGUGGCUUUAAGAACAGUGCAGUUGAUGCAUGGGGAGCUUCGACCAAUCACAUGGGCUGCUGCUGAUUCCUCUGUCCCUCAGCUGGACACAGGCGUGCAGGAUGAUUACACUCAACCAUCACGCCUUCUUAUUGCUUUCUCUUUCCUUCUCCCUUCUUUCUCUCAUCUCCCUCCCUCAUCACCUCCCCUCAUCGCGUCCCCUCAUCUCCUUCCCUCAUCGUCUUCCCUCAUCACAUCCUUCCCAGGGGUGGUGCGCGGGCAUGGCCAGAGAACACCAUGCUUGCUUAUCGCAGCGCUGUUGGCAUUGGCGCGGCAGGCAGUGCGCCGACCAUUCUCUCCCCCUUUCCUUCACCUUUCCCCUCCCAGGGGUGGUGCGCGGGCAUGGCCAGAGAACACCAUGCUUGCUUAUCACAGCGCUGUUGGUGUUGGCGCGGCAGGCAGUGCGCCGACCAUCACUCUUAAUUAUGCUUCCAUCUCUCUUUCCCCCUUUCCUUCACCUUUCCCCUCCCAGAGGGGGUGCGCGGGCAUGGCCAGAGAACACCAUGCUCGCAUACCGCAGCGCUGCGCUGCUGCUGCUGCUGCUGCUGCUGCUGCUGCUGCUGCUGCUGCUGCUGCUGCUGCUGCUGCUGCUGCUGCUGCUGCUGCUGCUGCUGCUGCUGCUGCUGCUGCUACUGUUGCUGCUGCUUUGCCCCUUGCUGGCCAUGCAACUGGGGCUUGGGAUGGGAACUCUGUGUUGAUUCACAACGUGACAGUGGAUGAGACAACGGAUGGCAGAGGGCUUGUGGAGAGCUACUCUUUGGAGGAGCUCAGGUCAUUGGAUGCUGGGUAUCUUUUCACCCGAGAUGGCGGCAAAACGUUUCCCUACAGAGGAAAGGGACUGCAGAUACCAACACUUAGGGAGCUCUUUGACGAGUUUGCGAGCUACAAGGACCUUGUCAUCUACCUCGACUUCAAGUCGCCCAGAGCUGUUGCGCCGACCCUUCAGAUGGUUCGAGAGUACGGUCUGCAGCAGCGCAUCAUGAUGGGAGCCGUGCCUCCAGAAGCAAACAGAGAGGUACUCAGACUGAAGCCUAAGUGUGUGCCAGCCACACCUGACAUUAACUCCAUGAUACUUAUGUACAUCUGCUACGUGGUUGGCAUUCUUUGGCUUAUUCCCAUGCCCCACGAGAUUGUGGGAACGACAGCAUACAGAUGGGGCUACAAGGUUCUCAACCGUGAUUUUGUCGCGGCCUUCCAUCGACGAGGGCGGUGGGUGUCGGUGUUUGGAGAUUACCUCGACCACAGGGAGGGACAG